GCGUGAAACUCUAGUCCGCCCCACCCCAAAAACAUAUAAAUAGCUAGACUAUAUACCAACGUCCAGCUGAUGCCCAAGCCACGCCCCACCCAUCAUACAGCAACACAUGACAGCUACUUUGCCGUUCAUUAUAUCUGUACUACCCCAUCAUCAUCUCCAUCAAAUCGACCCCAUGUCGCCCUCGAAAUGGCCCACCCCACCACCCCCCUCCUCAAGACCGUCGGCAUCCCGCGCACCAGCCCCCCACACCCCCUCGACGCCCUCAUUCAGGCCCCCCGCGGUGGCGUCAUCAGCGUCGAGCGCCGCGACGCCGGCCGCCUGUACCUCGUCGCGCGGGUGCAGCACGGGGCGGAGCGGAAACUAAGAGCGCAGUGCGCGCGGGCAAGAGGCUCGGUAUGGCUCGAACACGCGCUCGAGGGCACGUACGUCGUGGCGCGCGUGCCGAAGAGCAUGAGAGCGGCCGCGCUGGCGGAGGCGGCGGCGGAUGGGGCUGCAAGCGUCGAUAUCGCGGAAGCGGAGAUGGCGGCUGUGGUGAGGGAGGUGAGGUGGUGGGUUGGUUGCUGGGAGGGGCGAGGGGGUGUGCCUGUGGCUGUGUCUGCUGCGGCGCUGGAUGAGGUGCAGGGUUGCGGGCGAAGAGACGGGGCGGUUGCUUCUGCUGCUGUUAGGCGGGAUUCGCGGAGGCGUUUGGCUGAGCCGGCAAAGAGUGCCCAGCAGUUGUCACAUCCGCUACCGCCGUUGCCGGAUCCAGCGUCGUCACUGCCACAGCAUGCAACGGGCUCGCUCCCUCCGCAUCCGCUUCCCCCGCUGCCCCGGAAGAGAGGAUGCGGCGCGUCUGGUUGUGCUAGAAGCUCGGUCAAUGGCGACUGCUCGCGAGAACGCCAUCCCUCUCGCUCAGUCCGGGUUGAUUGGGCGACGGAGCAGCCCUCCAAAAUAAUGACGGAAGCCAAAUCAACCCAAGCCGUAGAAGCUUCCAAGGACGACGACAACCUCAGACGACCUUCCACCAGCAUCCAGACGAAGAGGAACGAAGGCCCACCAACACAGAGUAAGGCCUUCCCCGUCUUCGACGCCUCCAACUGGGAAAGCCUCCGCAACGCCGACCCUUCUCUCCCAUCCUACAGUCGCGUCGAGGCAUUUGGUCCCUCAGACACCCGCGACACAGACAUCUGGAUCGGCGCCCAGGCGACCACUGUCGUGCAACUCAGCGCACAAGUCCUCGCAGACAGCGUGCGUUACUUCGCGUACCCACUGCGGCGCGACGGGCGCUUCAAGAUCGCCGACGAGCCAGCGCCGCGGUUCGCGCUCCUGCUGACCGUUGUGGUCUCGAGUGGGCGGCUGGUCGUCGAGCCAGCGACCGCAUGGCAGAGGCGUGCAGCCGAGGUUGCUGCGGCAGAGGACACGGCACAGACGCAAGCGCUGGGGCGGGCGUUUCUCGAGCUGGUGCGCAGCGUCCACGACGAGGACAUGCGGGACGUGGCGCACGUGCACGCCAACAUGCGGCUGCUCGACGAGCGGUUUCGCUGCCCAACCACAAUAGCCAAAUGUCUGCAGCGGGCGGAACUCGGCCAGCCGCGCGCGCUGGCUUGCGCUGUCGUGGUGGAUGCGGUCAAGUUUCUGGCGUUUGGGAAGAGGUUUGCCUCGCGCUUUGUUUUUAAGCAGGCGUUUGAGGCGCUGGCGAGGAGGGCAAGGGUUAGUAAGGAUGUGGAGGCGUAUCUUGGCGGUGUUCCUGAGAGCGUUCGUGCGGAGAUGAGGACUGAGGUUGAGAGGAUGAAGAAGGAGAGGGAUUGUAAAGAGCAGUGGCCGAUAGCGUGGGAGAAGAUGGAAUAGAAGUAACGGAUGACUAUAGAGAUGAAUUAUGAAGGAUGGGAUGUGGGCGUAGAUAUGGUUAGAUUUGUGUAAAGACAAUGUACUUGAUGAUUUUUUAGUUCCUCUUGCUCACGUAGGUAUAGCUUUAGAGCCCAAGGCGAAAUAUACGUCUCUAGCUCUAUAACAAUUAGCUGUUCAUGCAGUCGCAAGCUAUCCGCGAUUAUCUGCUUUUAGAACUGGCCUAGUUAGUCGUGGCCGUCUCGAGGGAGAGGGUAUAGAAGACUAUAGACCUCUAGUGUAUC